UUUGGGACACAGGUCAAGGUUUCCACUAACAAACUAAGUCGGCCGACCGAUUUGGCACAUGCUUGCGUUGCAUUGUGCAGUUCUGUAUAUUUUUUAGUCUUCAGUAAGACGAGGAGUACUGAUUUUGUAGCUAAACUUAAAAAUGUGAUAAGUUAGCUGUUAUCUAUAGACACAGGUGAAAGGGGCGUGUCCAUUCAAAGGUUAGCGAUCUCAGGGAAUUAAAUACAGGCAGCCAUGGUUAUGACAGAGAGAAAGGUCAAAUAUACAAGAACGCUUUUAUUUAGUAUAUUUAUCGCCGUAUUUGGAAAUUCUUUCCUCUAUGGAUACAGCAUCGGAGAUGUCAACAAUCCAGCAGGGGUCAUGCGAAUUUUCUACGUUAAAGUUCUGUGGGAAAGGGCAGGCAAAAUACCAAAAGACUGGGAUGGAAACGACAUAUCACCGGUAGUUCCACAAAAUGGAACAGCAUCUACAACAACAAUAGGGCCAGUAUCUAAUUCAACAAAUACGUCCAUGAGCUUAUCAGAACAAAUGAAAAAAUAUUCAGAAGAAGACGAUUUUGUAGAGCUUUUAUGGUCAAUAACUGUGUCUAUUUUUGUAUUAUUUGGAAUGAUUGGGUCGUUUAUGUCGGGAAAACUUGCAGAAAGACUUGGAAGGAAAGGUGGAAUGAUGGCAAUCACUUUCAUCAUGAUGUUAGCUGCAGUGAUUGGUGGAAUACCUAUCGCGACCCAAUCAUUUGAAUGUGUCAUAGUUCACAGGGCACUUGUUGGACUUCAUAAUGGACUUAGUUUGAGUUUAAAUGCAUUAUACCUAGCUGAAAUUUCACCGAAGAAAAUAAGGGGAGCUGUUGGUACCUGUCAACAGUUAUUUAUCACCGUAGGAAUCUUAACUUCCAAUAUCUUAGGUGUUAGUAAAGUAUUUGGUACCGAUAAACUAUGGCCUGGGGUAUUUAUAUUUAAUGCUUUUCCUGCUAUCGUAUGUCUAGUUGGAUUUCCAUUCUGUCCCGAGAGCCCUCGGUAUCUGUUGAUAACAAAAGGAAAAGUAGAAGAGGCACGAAUAGCAUUGAAAAGACUGACAGGAUACAGCGAUGUCGAAGAUGAAUUAGAUGAGAUGAAAGCAGAAGCAAGUAAACAAAAAAGUGUUAAAUCAUUUACCUUAAAACAACUUCUGGUAGCUCCCGAGUUACGGCUGCCUGUUAUCAUAGCAUGUGCGUUACAAGCCGGACAACAAGCGUCUGGUAUUAAUGCUGUGAUGUCAUAUUCAAGUUUCAUGUAUAAAAAUGCUGGUGUACCACCUCACACAGUAGAAUGGGUUGUCUGUGGUACCAGUCUCAUAAACAUGCUAACAACUAUCCCAGCCGUACCGUUGAUGGAAAGGCUCGGCCGGCGGCCUCUGUUGAUAUAUCCUAUGUCAUGCAUGUUGGUGUCAUUCAUAGUUCUUACCAUUUUCCAUAAUUUACAAUAUGUAGAUCAUAUGGAGUCUCAUCAUAAUAUAUUUGCCAUCAUAGGCAUUAUAGCUAUGCAUACAUAUGUAAUGGGAUUUGCAUUAGGACUAGGUCCUAUUCCAUUUUUUGUUGUCGGAGAAAUUUUCCGACAAGAACCUCGAUCUGCUGCUAUGAGCGUAUCUUUAUGUUUCAACUGGGUGUGUAACUUUAUAUUGAUGCUUGUGUUCCGUUUUAUGCAGAAAGGAUUACAGGGAUAUGUCUAUCUGCCGUUUUGUGUUGUUCUUAUAUCAACAAUAACUUUCAUAGUAUUAGUUGUUCCCGAAACAAAAAAUCGCACGUUUGACGACGUAGCAGCAGAGCUGUCACAUGGUUUUAGACUAAGAAAACGAAAAGGAGGCUUACCGGAAAAGGAAGAGAACAGUGAACUUAAACCAAUGACAACCUGAUAAUCUGGAAAAUCGAAAUAAAUACAAUUUUUCAAACUGA